AUGGAUAAAGUUUUAAAGCCGGAGAAACUAGACACAGAUCCUGAUACACGUGACGCGGAAUGCGAAUGGCUGCAUUGGCAAAAGACAUUCGAAAAUUUCUUGGAAGCUUUACCCACUGUAGGACUUGAUAAAUUGGGAGUAUUAACAAACUAUGUGUCUCCGAGAACUUAUAGAUAUAUUAGAAAUAUCACAACUUAUGAUGAAGCCAUAGAUACGUUGAAAGGGAUUUUUGUACAGACAAAGAAUGAAAUAUAUGCACGUCAUAUGUUGGCCACGCGAUCCCAACAAAUUUCUGAGUCAGUUGCUGAAUAUUUAAGAGCAUUGACAGAAUUGAGCAAAGAUUGUAACUUCCAGAACGUAUCUGCUAAAGAAUACCAGAAUGAAUAUAUUCGGGACUCUUUUAUACGUGGCUUGAAUUCCAGUUGGAUACGCCAACGACUGCUGGAGAAUAAGAAAUUGACACUGGACGAAAUGGUUGAUCAAGCCAAAUCAUUGGAAACUGCCGUUCGAAAUUCACAAUCUUAUGCUAUAAACGAAAACACUUCCGUCGGAGCAGUACCUUCAACAAUACAAUCAAACAAUUUCGAUGUUGGAUCGUUGCCAGAUAAUGCAGCGAUGACUAUUAGAAGUAAAUGCAUUUUCUGUGGUAAUAGUAGACACCCACGAUCCAAAUGCCCAGCUCGGGAAGUAGUCUGUUUCAAGUGUCAAAAGAAAGGACAUUUUGCAAAGGUCUGUCGCGGAAGAACUAUUUCGAACAAUGACUCCAGCAGUCGCCUUGACAUUUCAGCAAUGAUACCACAUUCAACAUUGGCUACUAUUCAUGACAAACCUUAUGUUGGAUACGUUACGUCUACAUUACGACAAGCCACAGCCUGGUAG